CGAGAUGCUGAGUCCAUCUGGUCGCAUGCGCAAGGGAAGGCGCGAUCCGGCGAAGCGUAGACGAUGCUGAUGACGUCACCAAGUACACGUGUCCCCGUGGUAGCAUGGCUCCAUGCAUGUGAGUCUCCCCGAUUCGGAUCUCCAUUCUAACGAAGGGCAGUUACAAGUCACAACUACCACCUCGAGGACGCCUUCCAAGUGUUUCUCGUAUCAUAUGCCGUGGCAGAGGCAUUGGCAUUUAGGCCCAACUUCGUUUGUCAAUUGCAGUCGGCCACUUAUUCAUCGCAUGGUUACCAGUUUGUGAUCACACUUAGCUUACCGGACUUCUAGCCUACCGUAGGCCCUGGACUCCCCUAACGUUAGGGCCCAUUCUCUAUAUCAAGUCUUUGGCGUGAAAACAAGUCAAAAUGCUUGACAUGUUCGACGAUUUGAAGCGCAUGAACAAGCGCCAGGUCCUGUACCAGUUCUUGAACUUUGGGAUGAUUGUGUCUUCUGCUCUGAUGAUCUGGAAAGGCUUGAUGGUUGUAACUGGAAGUGAGAGUCCCAUAGUUGUUGUUCUGAGUGGAAGCAUGGAGCCUGCCUUCCAUCGAGGAGAUCUUCUGUUUCUCACUAACUAUCAAGAAGACCCAGUUCGAGUUGGUGAUAUCGUUGUCUUCAAGAUCGAAGGUCGAGACAUCCCAAUUGUUCACCGAGUCAUCAAACUUCAUGAAAAGAAAAAUGGGACUGCAAAAUUUCUGACUAAGGGUGAUAACAACAAUGUGGAUGACAGAGGACUCUAUGCCCCAGGUCAGUUGUGGCUCAGCCGGAAAGACAUGGUUGGGAGGGCCAAAGGAUUCCUUCCAUAUGUUGGAAUUGUCACUAUCUUGAUGAAUGAUUAUCCCAAACUCAAGUAUUUGAUCUUGGCCUGCCUUGGAAUCUUUGUCCUGGUUCAUCGGGAGUGACUCCAAAUUGAACUCUGGAAAAUUUGAGGCCAGCAAUCUUCUUCCAUUCCAUUCAACCAAGAACCUAACAGAGGGAUGUAUUUAUUGCAAAGAUGUGCUUGUCUACAGGAAACAGAAUCGAACUGGCUACAGAUCUUCUCAUUGUCAAUUGCUUUUGGCUUUUUCUUUCCUCUUUGUCAUGAUGGUGAUGAUAAGCUUGGAGGUCUCUGUGUGACUGAUGCAUUUCCAUUUUGACAUGUUGGGCUGUUAGUAAAAAUCCAGAUGUUGUCAUA